AUGUCGGGAUUAGUCCAGCUAACAGGUUGUCUUCAGCUCCUCGAGAAGCACCCAGCGUUCAGAAUACAGCAGCACAGAGAUGAUGAAGAUAAGCCAAAGGCCAAACUGAGAGCUGAUAACACAGCUGUUCCAGUAGGGGGCAGUGUGACCCUGACCUGCUCUGUGAACCCAUCAUCAUCAUCUGGAUGGAAAUACUACUGGUACAGAGAUGAGAAAUCCUCUGAAGCCCUGACCACACAAGAUGCAGUUUUCCACUCAAAUGGACAAAUCAGUGUCUCACAGGAAGGACUCUACAGGUGCAGAGGAGGAAGAGGAAACCCAGUUUACUACACAGAGGACAGCCAGUCAGUCAGGAUUGGGAAAACUGUGUCAAACAGGCCUGUUGUGACUCUGUAUCCAAACUGGUCUGAGAUAUACAGAGGAGAGACGAUCACUGUCAGAUGUGAGAUCCAUGGAGGAGACACUGAGUGGGAUUAUGAGUGGGAAACAAACAGCAUGAUAAAAGCUCCAAAUCAAAAUGAAUACAGGAUUAGAUCUGCUUCAUCAUCCAACAGUGGAAACUAUCGCUGUAAGGGCAGAAUGAAAAGUUCACAGCAUAAAACAACAGAGUGGAGUGAUUCAGUCACACUGACAGUUUCUGACAGUAAGUAGAGUCAUAGUUCAUUUAACCUGGAAAUAGAAACAGUUUGUAAAA